AUGCAAAAGCUGCAAUGUUUUGUCGCUAGGUUUUAUGGGAAUGACUUAUACUAUUUCAGUCAAUUAGUGCAAUGCUACCUCUACCUUUACUCAAACCCCUACCUCUACCUUUACUCAAACCCCUACUACAACCACCACCCCUACCUCUACCUUUACUCAAACCCCUACCACCCCUACCUUUACUCAAACCCCUACUACAACCACCACCCCUACCUCUACCUUUACUCAAACCCCUACCACCCCUACCUUUACUCAAACCCCUACUACAACCACCACCUCUACCUUUACUCAAACCCCUACCUCUACCUUUACUCAAACCCCUACUACAACCACCACCCCUACCUCUACCUUUACUCAAACCCCUACCUCUACCUUUACUCAAACCCCUACUACAACCACCACCCCUACCUCUACCUUUACUCAAACCCCUACUACAACCACCACCCCUACCUCUACCUUUACUCAAACCCCUACCCCUACCUUUACUCAAACCCCUACUACAACCACCACCCCUACCUCUACCUUUACUCAAACCCCUACUACAACCACCACCCCUACCUCUACCUUUACUCAAACCCCUACUACAACCACCACCCCUACCUUUACUCAAACCCCUACCUCCACCCCUACCUUAACUCAAAUCCCUACUACAACCACCACCCCUACCUCUACCUUUACUCAAACCCCUACCUUUACUCAAACCCCUACAACCCCUAA